AAAAAGAAAAAAAAGGAGGGCGCGAAACCGCAGGCGGGCGGUGGAGAUGAGCUCGUCGACGUCCGGCCGCGACGACGACGCGCCGGACCUCGUAUGCCAGAUCGACUGCGUCCACGGCAUGGUCGACGCGCUCUCCUGCGUUCGCUGGAAGCGCCACCAGGACGCGGUGCUGGAGCUGUCGGAGCACGGGAUCGUCCUCAUCGUCGAGGAGAGCGGCUGCCUCCAGGCCAAGGUCUACCUCAAGCGCGAGCUGUUUAUGGAGUACGAGUAUGCAGCUGAGGGGCGGCCGCGGUUUGGCCUCAGCCUGGGGCUCCUCGUCGAUUGCCUCAACACGUUCUCGUCCCCAGGGCACUCCUCCGCUGUCGAGAUCCGGUACCCUGGGCCUGACAUGCAGCUUCUUCUCAAGUCGGUGGGUUCCCCAGAUUCAUGUAUGUAUGCAGAAAUUAGGACCAGGAUUCCAGACACAAUCUCCUGGGAUUACCAUUUUGAGCAUUCUGGGAAUACACCAGUCACUUUUACUGUCAAGUCUUCCGUCCUGAAAGAAUCGAUUGAGGACCUUGAGUGGCCAGGUUCUAGCAUUCAAAUUCAAAUGCAACCAGACCCACCUUCAGUGAUAUUCAAAGGUGAAGGGCAUGGUGACUUGCAGAUUGAAUUACCCUACUAUGCAAAUACAGAUCUUCUCAUUGCGUUUCAGUGUGAGCAAGAAACAUCAUACAGGUAUAAGUACAAGUUUCUUCGUGCAACAACUUCAAAUUUCCCAAGCAGUAUUGUGAAGGAGAAUCGUGGGAGUAAGGUGACGAUUGGGAGGGGAGGGAUGCUCAAAAUCCAGCACCUAGUUUCAGUUGCAAGGCCAGGUAUGCAAUACUUCCGUAAUGUUGCUGGAGGGGCUCAACAGCCGAGCCGAAUUGCUUAUAUAGAGUUCUUUGUAAAGCCAGAGGAAGAUGAUAACACUAUAAAUGAUGCUUAGGAUUGUGGUAUGACUUGUGUUCCACACCUCAUGUCAUCCAUUCAGCCUUGCUUCGCACCUCAUCUCACCAGUCAAUUAUAGUUUCUGAUUUAGCAUCUAUUUCUUGAUUGGUGGUUUUUAGUGAAAAUAAAUUAAGGUUUUUAUGUCCUUUACCAAUUGAUUAACUUCUAUGUAAUCACAUUCCUUCA